AUGGCGAUGGAGCAGGGCCCAGAGGACGGCAUCGUGGUCGUCUUCUUGGACACCAGUCGCGCGCGCCCGCACGUCGACGUGACAAGGGAGCUGUGCAACGAUAUCCCAGCUGAGCACCCUGAGCAUGAAUACAUCACCCAUGCGCGUUCUCGCGAUUGGCUCGGCACCUGCACGUCCUGCCUGCGCCACGGCAGCGACUUCAUCCUGAAGAGACCGAAGCGCGAUUGCAGAUGGAUGAAGGUGCAUGUCGGCCCCGCCUUCGUUGGCAAGGGCUGCGGACUGAUGGGGCCGAGGCGCUGCGACCAGAAUUCAAUAGCGAUCUUGGCUCACGCGAUGCGGUUGGCCCCUGCAGUGGUCACGUUCGCGGAGAAGAUCCCCUUCAACCCUGAGACCGAGAAGGCGCCGAGGGAUUCCGAGGCUGGCAUCUUCAAGGGCGCGGUCAUGAGGAGAUCCACAUCAGGGGCCGUGGUAUCUGUGGCGGGCCCUCCGUGGCGCGGCAACUCGAUCACGGAGGCGUCGGUCAGGCUGAGCAGCGGCAAGGCGGAGGCGCGCGGGGUGGCGCCGGCUUACAUCAGGGCGCCUUGGGCGAAGUUUUUGGCCAUCGACUUGGGCUUCGCUACGCGCGGCGCCCUCUGGUUGAAGAAGGAGGGGCGCUUGUGGACCCCGUCGGCCAUCGCGCGCGGGGGGGUCGACGAGCCGAAGAAGGUCCCAGGCAAGCUGGCCCCGCUAGACGCACUGACCAAGGCCAAUGACUGGACCACCCUCGAGCGACAGAUGAACGCCGUGUCCCUGCAGGCGCUGGCGGCUCGAGCUUCUGAGAUACAAUCUGCCUUUGCAGUGGAGAGGCUUCGCUACUGCGUCCGGUGCGCCCUGCAGGCGGCCUCCUCCCAGGGCCUCGAGUCCAUCGCGCUGCCGAGUCUUGGCGGCGGGGUGUUCGGGUACGAGCCGCGCCAGUGCAGCAGCAUCUUCCUCGACGAGGCCGUGGAGAGCCUGCUGCAGAUAGAGGCGUCCGACCCCAGCUACACGCUGAAGCGGAUCACUUUCGUGGACUCGCACCCGGAGACCGCCGAGGCCUUCGGCGCCGCGCUCACCGACGCGGCGUACCGGUGGCUGCCGGAGCGGCGGCUCACCACCGCCCCACAGUUCUGGGGCCAGGCGACGCGCCGGCUGCUGGUGCUGCCAGAUGCGCCGAACUUCUUCCUGAAGCGCUGGAGGAUAAAGUUCAAGCAGCGGCACGGCGUCAAGAGGCGGGUGCGCAAGCACUACCUCAGCAACUGGAUUCCCUGGCUGUGGCGCGCGCAGAAGGUGGCGCAGCCGCCGCCGCUGCUGGUCCACGCGAGGAGCGGCGACGUGGCGGCGCAGGACAGGCAGCUGCCGGCGCGGCCCUACUUCUUCCGCGGCGUGUCGCAUUGGCUGUUCCCCAGCAGGCGGAGCGGCUUCAACCUGCUGCGGCGGACGUCCUCGGGACACUGGAAGGGCGUGCUGCGGCAGUUCCGGCUGGUGGACGCCGUGCGCCCGCGCGCUUAGGCGCCACUGCGCGGCAUUUGCGCCUCGGCUCCUCUGGUCCUUGGGCA